GACUUUGUUCUGUGUCGAUCUUGAAAGGUUGAUAUCUAUACAUUUAGAUAUUAGUCACUGAGGCGUGUGGUGUUUUUGUACGUGAACGAAGCCACACUUUUGAUACGUUAUUGUAUAGUAUGACAAAAGCAUUCACAAUGGUUCCCUGUCAGCUGGAGUAGGUGGGGUCACAUAGAGCCAAGAUGGCUGACUUUGAGGAACCGUUGUCAGACGAAGAGAAGGUUCGCAUAGCGGCCAACUUUGUGAUCCGUGCCCCCCCAGGAGAGUUCAAUGAGGUCUUCAAUGAUGUGCGGCUUCUUCUCAACAAUGAUAACCUCCUCAGGGAAGGAGCGUCUCACUCCUUUGCCCAGUACAACAUGGAUCAGUUCACACCUGCCAGACUAGAAGGCUUUGAUGACCCGGUCCUAAUUACAGAGCAUGGGGACUUGGGUCAGGGGCGUUUUUUGGACCCUCGCAACCAUUUGUCGUUCCGCUUUGACCACCUUAGAAAAGAAGUGAACGACGUGCAGCCUUAUGAAGGAGUCCCAUCUCUUAAAGCCUGGAGAGAUUCCUGUGACAGCAUCCUUUGUGCUUAUGUUAAAGAGCACUACCCUACUGGAGUCUGCACAGUGUAUGGCAAAACAGUUGAUGGUCAGCAGAUGAUCAUAGCCUGCAUUGAGGGACAUCAGUUUCAACCCAAAAAUUUCUGGAAUGGACGCUGUAGGUCGGAGUGGAAACUUACUAUUGGCCAGUCCACUGCACAGGUGGUGGGAGUGUUGAAAAUUCAGGUUCACUACUAUGAAGAUGGGAAUGUGCAGCUGGUUAGUCAUAAGGAGGUAGAAGAAUCAGUACCAGUGACUAGUGAAACUCAGAUAGCCAAGGAGUUUGUUGACAUCAUCAAGCGUGCUGAAAAUGACUACCAGACCGCAAUCGGUGAGAACUACCAGGCCAUGUCCGACACAACUUUCAAGGCUUUACGUCGCCAGCUUCCUGUCACGCGCACUAAGAUUGACUGGUAUAAAAUCCUAAAUUACAAAAUUGGUAAGGAGAUGCUAAAUGCCUAAUGGAAGGUCAGGGACUGGUCAGGGAGAUGCUGGUUCCACUGGCCCAACGCAAUCAUACCCAAGGACUUACCAAAGCAAAACAAUAUCAGUGUGAGGCAAGGAAUCAACUAAAACUCAUCAAAACAGAAGAUUUGCAGAGUGUAAUACAUAAGUAUGUCUGGUUGUGGGACAACUUUGGUUAGGGAGAUGAUCAUGGUUUUUGUUUGGAGAAAGUGGUUACAUCUGAAUGUGUGACGUUGGAUCAGUUUGUGCAGAGCUGUGUUUAGGACAGCAUUGGCGACAACUACAAAACCUUUAUUCAGCCACCUAGAAAAGUGGUCAGUUAUGUCAGAAGAGUGUGAAGACCAGUGGCCAAUGUGUAGUCACACACACCCAAAAUCAAGGCAACACAAUACAUCUGAUGUGACAAACAAAGCACACUCUCAUAUAACAGGGUUUGUAGUACAAAUGGCAUAUUUAUAUGUGGUUGACAUUCAUUUGGGAAUAUGCUGUGCGCCACCAGAUGCCCCAACAUUAUAUGGAAGAAAGUAAAGUUUUGCUUAUUCAAUUAAAAAUAUGUCAUUAGCAGUAACACAAUCCUUAGCAUAGCUUUUCUCUGGAAAGUUGUAUGUACUGUAAGUCUGGCAAAUAGGGGAAUAUUUUUCGUUUGUCCUGUUUAAUGUGUCUCCACUCAUGCAAGCCAUAAUGACUGCUAUAAGACAACUUCUGUAUGUAUGUUACAAUUCUCUCUUGCAUUUUGUUCUGAAAGGAAAACAUGUAAACCAAGAUUUGCCAAAAUCUCUUUCCUAUGGUAAAGAACUCCAUUCUCCUGCUAAUGUAUGCAAAUUUCUAUUUUAAAAUGCUGUUUUCUGUUGGAUUCUUGAAAUAUUGUAUUGUGACAAAUUAUGUGUUGGUCAUUGCCAAGGGAACUUAAAGCAGUUGCCAUUCAAAGCAAAUUCAUGUGUUACCUGACUUCUGUAUGGCUCAUCUAACCCUUAAGUAUAUACCAUGAAAUCAAAGCAGACAUUUUGGAUGGAUGUGCUCUGUUAAACCCUCACAUUAUGCUACCAACUGUGUGUUCCCAUCAGUGAUGCGUUGCCUGUACUGCACCAUUCUGUUCUACGAAUAAAAGGACUGAACGAG